AUGGUUCUUACCAGGGUCAUCAGGGGCAUUGCCGCCCUGUCACUGGUUAUCAUCGCCAUAGCCAACCCUCUGCCAGACCCCGUCGUGAAUCUUGCACCCAGGCAAACCAUCAGUCCAGGUGGCCCGCCUUGUGGUCAGAACAACGCCACUAACAGGCGCUGCUGGAAGAACCUCUGGAACAUCAACACUGAUCCUGACGUUGACCACCCGCCUGCGUUCAACAAUCGCAAUUAUGACUUGUUUAUCACCAAUAUUACCUCCUGGACGGGACCAGACGGCGUAGUCAAGCCUGCCAUGCUGAUCAACAACCAGUUCCCUGGGCCCACUAUUGAGGCUGACUGGGGUGAUUACAUCACUGUGACUGUGCACAAUCAACUUCAAGACAAUGGAACCUCCAUUCACUGGCACGGCAUCCGACAACUCGGUGAGAGCGACCAAGAUGGUGUCAAUGGCGUGACCGAAUGCCCCAUUCCGCCGGGAGCUAGCAAGACCUACUCUUUCCAUGUGAUACAAUAUGGUACAUCCUGGUACCAUAGUCACUUCUCUGCCCAGUACGGCAAUGGGAUAGUCGGGGCUCUGGUUGUCCACGGACCUGCUUCCGCCAACUAUGACAUUGAUCUCGGGCCUUACACGAUCACAGACUACUACCACGAGACAGCUGACGUCCUGCAGCGACGUGCUGAGCUUGUCAAUGGGGGUCCUCCAGACAGUGACAACAUCCUCUUCCGAGGAAAGAACAUCAACCCCCUUGGUGCCGGUGGUCAAUACGACAGACUCACUCUGACCCCGGGCAAGAAGCACCUUCUCCGCCUGAUCAACCCCAGCGUCGACAACAGCUUGACAGUCUCGCUCGUGGGUCACAACUUCACCGUCAUCGCGACUGACCUGGUCCCAGUCACCCCCAUUGUCAAGAGCCAGCUUUUCAUGGGCGUCGGCCAGCGAUACGAUGUAAUCAUUGACGCUAGUCAGGCUGUCGGUAAUUACUGGCUCAACGUGACCCUCGAGGCGGCCAACAACUGCGGUAGGUCCGUCAACAAGUUCCCUGCUGCCAUCGUGCAUUAUGACGGCGCGCCAAACACGAACCCAACCAAUCGGGGAACCCCCAUCACCGCCGGCUGCGCGGACGAGACGGGCUUCGUCCCCGUCAUCGACCACUCCAUCCCCCCAUCCCAGUUCAACCCCAACUCGUUUGCCGUCCAGUUCACCACCCCGACUGUAGACUUCCGCGGGCCCGUCUUCCGAUGGCUCGUGCGCAACGUCGAUAUCGACGUCGACUGGAGCCACCCGAUCCUCGAGUACGUCGACCGCAACAACAACUCGUAUCCGCCCAAGGCCAACGUUGUCGAGGUCUCGCAGGCCAAUGUCUGGUCCUUCUGGGUCAUCCAGAACCAGUUUGUCCUGCCGCACCCGGUGCAUCUCCACGGCCACGACGUCCUGGUGCUCGGCACGGGCGCCGGGACAUUCGACGCGGCGACAAUGACCAACCAGCUCGACUUCAACAACCCGACCCGCCGCGACGUGGCGCAGAUGCCUGGCAGCGGCUGGCUUGUCAUAGCGUUCAAGACGGAUAAUCCUGGGUGUUGGCUCUUGCAUUGCCAUAUCGCCUGGCACGUCAGUCAGGGGUUGGGGAUUCAGUUCCUUGAGCGAAAGUCGGAGAUCAAGUCCUUGAUGCAUCUGAAUCAGAUGCAGCCCAACUGCGAUGCGUGGAGGGCCUAUGUUCCCACGUCUUACUGGUUGCCAAAGCUUGAUUCGGGGCUAUGA